AGGAAGCCAGAAAAAAUGGCGAAACCGAAACUUUUAUGUGCAUUUUCCUUAUCACUUCUUUGUCUCAUUUCGUUAUCCGCUGCUGAUUCCUCCGUCCUAGACAACAUACGUCUCGCCGGAUCUAGUUUCCCUUCAGUGCAUGCGAAGGAGUUGAUAAGGGGGUUGAAUUUGUUUCCUAAAGAGGAAAUCAACAUCGUUGAUCAAGACCGGGUUCCCUUGCAGGAGGGGCCGAAACUGGUCGAGAAGCGGUUCAUGUUCCCAAAUUUGGAAGUUCCUGCUGGGGUCCCCGUUGAGGAUUUGGGUCACCACGCUGGGUAUUACAAACUUGCUAAUUCUCAUGAUGCCAGGUAAAAAAAAGUGAAGUGCAAUUUCUCUAAAUUAGGACA